UAGUGGUGGUGGUGAGAGUACAUUUUAGCCGGUGCUAAAAAUAAUAGUAGUAAAAAUAUAAAAAAACAGAAAGCAAGAAAUAAAAGUGAAGAGAGUGAAAGAAUCAAAAAGUUUCGCGUAGUUCUUCGAAAGCAGCCUAUAUACAUAUUAUAUACUAGCAGGGAAGGAACCCAGAACCUGUUUAGAAAGUUAAGCUUGUUAGUCGGAUUAUACAUACAUACAUACAUACAUACAUAUAUACAUACAUACAUGUAUUUCUGCAUAGAUAUAUAGAGGUAAAAUUAUACCCAACCUACUCGAGUACCCGUUUCUAACAUAGAACCAUAUACAAGGACGGGCCUACUCACACACUAUUAUUGACAUAUAUAUACAUAGAUGCACAUACGAUUCGCACUCACCGGCAAAAACAAAUCCUUUUCACGCGAACUGCUACUUAAAAUAUACAUUUAGACUGAUAACUAAAUCUCUCUCUCUCUCCCUAUGUGUAUGUAUAAAUAUAUUUAUAUAUAAAUAUACUUAUACAUAUUGUGAUAAAUUAUAUACCUAUGUAUAUAUUUUGUAUAUUAAACUAAGAUCCAACGCAUUCUUCAUUCAGUCUAGUGAAAUUUGCGACCGGUCUCACCUCACCGCUUCCUGGUGGAUAUUCCGUAAAAACCUUACCGGAUGAAUUUAUCUACAUAGUGUUCGAGUGCUUCUUACCUAUAGAACAUUUAUUCCAAGUGUUCUUUUACUGUUUCCAAAUUCCAUUCCACAUAAAUAUUGUGCUUUUUCUUUUUUUUGUAAGUGAAACAUCGAAAAUUAUAAUACAAUUCAUAUUUCCAAAGCACAAAUUAAAUUAUUAAUUUUUAAAUACAUAGGCGUACAUUCACACACAUACAAACAGUGAUAUAUAUUUUAUACACAUGCUCUCACAUUACUCCUAUACACAUAGAUGUAAUUGAGAUAUUACAUAUAUAUUUAUAUUUAUAUACAUACACAUACACGCGUACAUAAGUAUAUACGAUACAUAUCUAUAUAAAACACAUGUAUUUCUUUAUAUAAGAUAAACAGAAAACCACAUUCACCCAAACACAUACACAGAAUAUUCUAUGUAAAACAUAGCCACGAUCGCUCUGUCAUAACUAUAAUAGGAACAAAUCAACAAGCAGUACCCAUCAGUGAAACAAAAACAUAAAAAAGAUAAUAAGUAACAAAUAUAUUUUAGGAGAGAAAGAAUCUUACGAUUCUUGGCACCACUACUGUUAUUUCUAUUAUAAAUUUCAUUACAAUAGUUGUCACUUGUGGAUGAGGACUUAGUGUACCAUGAGGGACUUAGCCGUGUUGAUCUUUACGCUUUUUUUGACUGCUGCAUUUUACUCCGCAGCAUACGCGAAUGAUGAGUGCAAUGGUUCAAAUUUUUCGUGCGGCGAUGGUAAAUGCAUAUCUCCUGAAUGGUUAUGUGAUCGCCAGAAAGACUGUUACGAUGGAAGGGACGAACAAAACUGUACAAAUAUAUGCAAAGCGGAUGAGUUUCAGUGUGACGCCAAAACCUGUAUUUCAAUAAAGUGGGUCUGUGAUGAUGAAACGGAUUGCCCUAGAGGAGAGGACGAGAUGGAUUGUGACAUAUCAGGUAACCAGAACUGUCAACACAACGAAGUCUCUUGCGGUGAUAGCCACUGCAUAUUAAAGGAUUGGUUGUGUGACGGUGAACCGGAUUGUCACAACGAAAUGGAUGAAAAGUCUUGUAACGACAGUGACGAUCUCAAACCAAUUACCGUUGUACCACCAGUGUCAACUGAUAACCAGGUGAAGCCGAUGCGAACCCAGCGACCGAAACGUCGUUCGACUGUUCGCUCACGCGCUGCUAUAACCACCACCGCUGCAACGAACACCAUUUUGACCACAUUUAAGGGAGCAACAUUUGGUGCUAAAACCACUGCUACUACCACUACAACCCCAUUCAUCAUCCCUACUACAACUUCUACUUCAUCUGCCACCACUUCUACCACCAUUACCACCCCAACUGAGGCCACAACUAUUACUCCUACUACUCCUCCUCCUACUACUACUACCACUACCCCCAAGUCCACUACUACUACUAUUCCAACUACCACUACUACUGCUACUACAACGCGUAGAACUAACCCACCAUUUUACGUAACCAUCCCAAGCAAAAAAGCGACCAAAGAAACAUCGACAUCCAAGGGUGAAGCCGAAAACAGAACAUUCCACAUAUUGGACCAAACGAAAGAUUCUGAUGAUGAGCAGCAUCGAAGGAGACAAAACCAAAGAAAUAAUCGUAGACGAACGACUCCAUAUCCUGGCGACGAAGGUAAUAACCAAUUGGAGCGAGAAGAACGAAGAAGACAGCGCAAAGAAAGGAAGCGAAAAGAAGAAGAAGAAAAACUAAGGAAUGAGUCUGACCAGAGCAGUAACCAUGGAGAUCAGACGAACUCGGUUCAAAAAGUUGGUGGUGUUCGUAGCAAAAAUUCUUCUAAUAGACAUCGGCAGACCAUGUUCCAAGGAGUUUUUGUUUGGUGCCUUAUCUUCGUUUUAGUGUGCAAUUGGAUUGGAAGCUGUUAACAGACGCCAUUGCUAAGUAGCUAUAUUUUUCAAACCGAUAAUCAUCGCCAUUUCAAAAGACAUAUAAUUUACAUCAAUUUUAGGGCAGGAACAUUUUUUGUGCUUUAGAAUGAAGAACUGGUAACACAAAAAGAAAAACAAAAAAAAGAAAAGAAAAACCAACAUGUCAAGAAUGAACGAACGCUCAAUAAAAACCUCAAGCAGCAGAUAACGUAACAUAGGAAAAAAUCUACUUCCAUUUUCUAAUGUUUUCCUAACAAUAACUUCUUAAACAACAAGAAUGACAGAAAUAUGAACAAGACAAUAUUAUCAACCACAUAAAACCAACAAUAAUCAUUUGUACGAUCCAGUGUAGGAGCUUAUAUGCGGUCGAUCCACCAGAUGCUAGAAAUCACAGGCUAACCGUUUCUUAAAUUACACAACGUUAUGUGUUGUAUGAUGAACUUCUUAAGGACUUUUAUUACCGUACUUUCCAGCAUACAAAUCGGCGUAGCAUAUCGUGUAAACAUGCAGAGUAAACUCUCAAACACGUUUACUAUAUCUCCAAAUACAUUUCUCGUGGAAUUUUUGGUCUUCCAAUGUCAUCUCAGUGUAUAAGUCAGUGUAUAAGUCGACCUGUUAAUUUGGUCUGAAAAACUCGGUUUGAAUGCCGGAAAAUACGGUAAUGCCUAAAUAAAAAUAGAGGUGCGGAUGUUUAAGGUUAGAUCAUCUUCGAUCUUUACUUCAUUAAGGAUGUUCUGGAACUAAAUACACCAGUAGUAAUUACAUAAUAUAUACUACUAAUUGAGGCGUGUAUUGCUGCACAAACAUUUUUACUUUACAUCUGUUUCGCAUCACUUACACUAUUUAUAAACAUUAAUAUAUUGCCGUGUAAACGUGUCCUUGUAAUGUAUAGUACACUCUGUUUCAGUAACUUUUAUACAAUGAUACCAGUGCUAUUACUUUCAGGAAUAAUAUGAACAAUAAAUAAAUAAAUAAACAAGUAAAUAAAAAGAAGUAUAAUGCAGCAAUAUAGACAUAGGAGCAAUGAUAGCAACAAAGACAAUCACAGCAACAAGAAUAAUUUGAAUAAUGACAGCGACAACAUUCAUUAUAGCAUGAGCAGCGUCCACGUCAUUAGCAAACAACAGUAACAGUAAUGACUUGUAGACACGUGGUAUUUUAGUUAUGCAGCCAUUACUACACACCACUAGAUAUAGUAGAUAUUUAAGCAAUGUGUUCGAGGAUGAUUAAUGGGUUAUAUGGGUGCUGAUGAAGAGGCAAAACAACACCGAAAUAUGGUGUAUACGGCCAUUGCCUGUUUUUCAUCUUCGAUCACAUUGUUUGCUUACAUCUGACGUCUCGAUACGAAACGUCGUAGCAAAAAUCAGUGCUGGCUGUAAUUUCUAUAGAUUAUCUAUGGCGAUAACCCUUAAUAAGUAACAGUAAUAGUGGUAAUGAUAAGUAAAAGAAAAUAAUGUUAGCAACAUGAUGCAACGACGAAUGAACUUGCAACAACAAGCAACAACAAGCAACAAUCGCAAACACAAACUUCAAUGAAGGCAUCACCACGAACUUAUUCACUACCAAUAGCAUCAGGAAUGUCUAAUUAGUAGGAGAAAAUUAAUAACAUCGAGAACAAGAACAAUAUCAACAAAAUUAUCAUCACUUGUAGGAUCCCUAAAGAACGCCAAAUAAAAAGUAAAACAAAAAUGAAGAAAACAAUAUCAAAAACAGAAGUAAUGGUAGUGCCUUCUUUAGUCAUUUCAUCUAACAGAAAUAGCAGCCAAAUCUGCCUCAAAGCCUACUCUACUGGCUUAAAAACAUAAAAACAUAUUGGAUAAUAAAGUCCUAAAUACACUGCCUGGAACAUAAACAAGGUAACUAUGGUGGUAGUCAUGGUUGGAAUGUCUUUGAUCAUAGGUCUCCUCAAUCAGAGUUCGUUCGGCGCUAAACAAUAGCAACAACACUCAACUAAUAACGAAAAAUGUAUAAACAGUAAUUAAUGAAAUAGCAGUUUAUAUAAGAAAGUAAAAAAAACAGGAGUAAAUACUAUGUUAAGAUUCUGAUACUCCUUAAAGAGCAGUAAUUGUAACGAGGAUGAGAAAGACUCAGAAACGGUGGCUUGAACUGCUGAAAAUAGCUACCGAAUUCAUCUCAGAUCACAGCCGAAUUUGAAAUGGACAAUUACACGCCUGUUUGAGCAUUCAAAGAUGUAUCCUCAUAUAUAACCACACUAAUAAAACGCGUACAUACAAACACAAACAUACACACACACACACAAACACAUGGUAAUAAACACAAACAAAAGACUCAAUGACACAUGGAGAAAUUAAAAGAUUCAAUGCUCUUGCAUGUAUAUGUACAUGUAUGUUGAUUUGUGUGAAAACAUUUCUUAGAUAUGUGUCUAUAUUAAUGCAAAAAAAAAAUGCCUGUAUUGUAUAGACCUAUAAAUAAAUGGUAUGCUAACGUUA